AUGUCCCAGCUGUCAGCUGUGUUUAUUUUUCCAGUGGCCACGUCACAGAUCACUGGUUAUGGAAAUGCGACAGCUAACUAUGGAGGUGAUGCAUAUUACCGCUGUGCAGUCGCCAACCCAGCAGGAGUGCUGCAGGUCACCUGGCAGAGGCUCUACAAGGACGAGUCCAUUGAGAAUUUGGCAACUUACAGCAAGCGGUUUGGACAGCAAGUAAAUGAUCCUUACAGGGGAAAAGUGAUCUUCACAGAGGCGUCUCUGAGCUCAACGUCCAUCACUCUGUCCAACGUCACAUGGGGGGAUGAGAGCUGUUACAUUUGCUCUUUCAACGUUUACCCCGAUGGCUCCAAAAGAAAGCAGACUUGCCUCACAGUGCAAGGAAUAUCCAAGGUGGAAACAAGCGUGCACCCUCAGAGCAGCGAAGAGGAUGACGAUGACGAAGACAUGGAGGUGGUGUUCAGCUGCUCUGCUACAGGUAAACCAGCUCCAACCAUUCGGUGGGACUACUCACCUGCUGCCACUCAGGUGCACCAAACACAGACUACUACAGUAACAAAUGGUGACCCCACGUUUACCAGCAGCAGAAACAUCACUCUGAAACUACCUGCAGAGUGGACGGGACAUGUGGACUGCCUGCUGAACGAGGGAGUGACAGGUCAAAGGCGGGAGAGGAUCUUUUAUUCUUUACCUGAAAGGAACAAGGAAAAGGAAAAGGAAAAGGGGGAAGAACUGUCUACUUCAGGGAUUGCACUGGUUAUCACCACUGUAGUGUUUGUUUGCUUCAUCGUUAUUGCUGCUGCAACGAAGCGAAGAAGGGUAAAGAGUUGCAUGGGAAAUGAUGAGCCCGUUUGAUGGUCUCACUCAGCAGAUACCGACACGGCAGCUUUACUGUAUGAAACGUACCACGCUUUACAUUUACUUUAAACCUGGUGACAAAACUAUAACCCCCAUUCCAAAAAAGUUGGGUCACUGUAAAUAAAACAGGAAGCAUAAAAUUAAGAAUUAAGAGUGCAUAUGUAGAAGAGCAAAAAUAAUAACACAUAGUGAAAUAUAUUUUCUUUGUAUUUUCAUUGAAAUAUACAAUUCUUAACAAAUUUAUUAGACCACUUGUCAUAAAAACGAGAAAACAAAAAUCUUUCAAAAGCUUGUUUAAAACAAAAAAACAUUAUUGAUAAUAUAAUAACAUAACAGUUGACUCGGAGGAGUCAGAAAUUAAUUAUUCAACCACUAAAACUAACUUUUCUGUUAAGAAAAGCAAGUAAAUAACUAUAAUUUGACAUCUUAAUCAAGAAAUAAUAAUGUGCUUUACUAUUUUCACACUUUUUUAGUAAAAAAAAAAAAAAGUACAUUUGAAAAUUCUUAUAUAGGAUAAUAAUAAUAAUUCUAUUUUAGCAUUAAAAAUAUAAUUUUGGUUAAGCAGCUUCUACAUAAACAAUUAUUUUGGUAUUUACUAAUGCUAUUAAUUUAGGAUGGCUGUGGCACAAACCGGUGGUCGAAUAAAUUUGUUAAGCAGUGUAUGUCAAAAAGGAUUAGCAACUUGGACGCUUAGAGUAAACGGAAAUAAUACAAAGACAAACAAACUCUGGACUUUGACCCAAUGUUUGUUAUGUGGAGUCAAGCUUCAUGUUUAUUAACCCAACCCUAAUCUUUGACCCUCAUGUUAGUCAAGCGUUUCCUGUAAAAGCGGAAGUUUAUUUUGAAAAGCCUUUGUGCAUGUAACCAGCGGAAAUUGACACACCGUCCCUUGACCUCAAAAACCGCAGAAAAUUGGUGCCUUGUUGGUCAAUAUGAUACGCAGAGGGAGGAGAAAAAGCGUCUGAAUCUGAGCCGUUGAUGAAAAUGCUUUGGACUCUUUCACACAGGCAACAAGCAAGCAUUAUAAAUAUCUGUGUUUUCUUUUUCAUUCCAACUUUAAAAUAACAGCGAGUUAAGCUAAAAGCUGCUACCUAAAUUUUCCACUGGUGAAUUUCAAUCCUCAGCACUUUAACUUUAUUUAUGGAGCUAAACGCAAAGCACUUGUCAGGCUUUGUAGAAUGUAAAGACGCAACUUUUCAUAGGAGUAUUACCAGAGUUUCUGUGUACAGUGACAAGCAUGUGGGUUAUACUGGUCCGCAUCUGAGCUUAUCUGAUAUGUAAAACAUUGAGCAGAGUUAGAGUUAUUUCAGCACAGUGCAAUAGUACAGGCUUGCUUUCUGUUUUGAUGAAAAUAAGAAAUGCUGGUGGAGCUAUGGCGCCCUCUAAUGUGCUUUUGUGGAAGAUCACAUGAGUACCAGGAAUUUAUUCUAUUAUUUGCACAGGAAAUUACCACUGUUUAUUAAUUUAUCUGUUCUAUUAAAUUGAGAUGUGAGAGAAAUAAGUUGUUUUUUUAAACCAGAAUUAGCACAUCUGGCUUUAUGUUACUGCAAUAUUUAAUUUUCAUUAUAGACAUAAUAUAUAAGUGAUUGUAAUUUUGCACUUUAAUGUUCAAUGUUUGUGUACUAAUGUUAUUUAUUGUUCAAUGGACAUCUACCUGAUGCACUGUGUGCUUGUGUUGUGUUAAAGUGCCUGCUGUGUGUAGGUUAGUUAUACUGUUCUGCAUUAAUGCAGACUCCAACUCCAACAUAAUUUCCAAUGAUCUACUCUUUAAGUAAAUUUCAAUAAUUUAUUCUCUGAUUCCCAUAAACAUAUGAUAAGUGUUUUCACUUGUGUGCAAUAUGUU